GGCGGCGGCCCCGGGGCGCGGCGCGCCCUGCUCGGGCUCUGCGUGCACGCGUGGCUGUGGGCGUCCUCGGGCUCCUCCGCCCAGGUCUUCAACCUGAGCCUUUCGGUGGACGAGGGCUUGCCUGCGGACACGCUGGUGGGUGACCUCCGCGCGGCGCUGGAGGCCGCGCAGCCGCAGGGGGCAGUCGGCUUCCUGCUGUCCGAGGACUCGGAGGACUCCCCGCUGCUAGACGACUUCCACGUGCACCCGGACACCGGCAUCAUCCGCACGGCGCGGCGUCUGGACCGCGAGCGGCGCGAUCGCUACCGCUUCGUGGCCGCCACGCUGCUGGGCGCCGUGGUGCAGGUGGAGAUCCGAGUCAACGACGUGAACGACCAUUCGCCCCGCUUUCCGCGCGACUCCCUGCAGCUCGACGUCUCCGAGCUCAGCCCGCCGGGCACCGCCUUCCGCCUGCCAGGUGCGCACGACCCGGACGCCGGGCUGUUUGGCACGCAGGGCUACAGCUUGGUGCAGCCCUCGGAGCCCCCCGGGGACCCCGAGGGGCCGUUCUUCCAGCUGCGGUACGGGGCUCCAGGGCCGCCACCCCCCGCGUCGGCGUCGUCGCCGCCCCUGGAACCUCUGGACUUGGUGCUCCUGCGGCGUCUGGACCGAGAGACGGCGGCGGCGCACGAGCUGCAGAUCGAGGCGUGGGACGGCGGCAGCCCGCGGCGCCGCGGCCGCCUGCGCGUGGAAGUGCGCGUGCUGGACGAGAACGACAACGCGCCGGUCUUCCAGCAGGACGAGUACCGCGCCGCGGUGCGCGAGGACGCCCCGCCGGGCGCCGAGGUGUGUCGCGUGCGCGCCACCGAUCGCGACCUGGGGCCCAACGGGCUCGUGCGCUACCGCCUCCGCGCCCGCCCCGGGCCCCGCUCACCGGACGGCGACGCCUACUUCACCGUGGACGAGCUGAGCGGCGCCGUGCGGGUGCGGAGGCCUCUGGAUCGCGAGGCGCAGGCCUGGCACCAGCUAGUGAUCGAGGCCCGCGACGGGGGCGCCGAGCCCGAGGUCGCCACGGCGCGCGUGUCCAUCACCGUGCUGGACGUGAAUGACAACCGGCCGGCCAUCCACCUGCUCUUUUUCACCGAGGGAGCCGCGGCCUGCGUCUCCGAGGGAGCCCGACCUGGUGACUACGUGGCUCGCGUGUCGGUGUCCGACGCGGAUGGCGACCCCCAGAGGGAAGAGGAGGCGUCCAGGGAUCUGGGCCUCGGGGGCGGGGGCAUCUCGCUGUCCCUGGAGGGCGGGGAGGGUGCCUUUGCGCUGCGCCCCGGGGGGGCCCCAGGAGUCUUUUUCCUCUGCGUUGAGGGGCCCCUGGACAGGGAGAGCCGGGAUCUGUACGAGUUGCGACUGGUGGCGACGGAUGCGGGGUCCCCACCCCUGAGCACAGAGGAGACCCUGCUGCUCCGCGUCACUGACCUCAACGACCAGCCGCCCGUCUUCAGCCAGGAGCUUUACCGGGCCUCGGUGUCCGAGGCCGCCGCCCCUGGCACCGCAGUGCUGUGGGUCAGUGCCUCGGAUGCCGACGAGCCGGGCACCGAUCACGCCCGGCUGCGCUACGCGCUCGUCCAGCUCCAGGCCGGCUGCGAACCCGAGGUGCCGCCCCCCGCGGCCGAGUGUAGACCCGCCUUCGCCAUCCAUCCCGAGAGCGGCGCGAUCAGCACCGUCCGGGCUCUGGACCGCGAGGCCCAGGAGGAGGUGGAGCUGAGGGUGGUGGCCCAGGACCUCGGACGCCCCCCACUCUCCGCCACCUGCCGCGUGCGCAUCACCGUGGCCGACGUCAAUGACCACGAGCCGGUGUUCCCGAGACAGGUGUACAACGCGACCCUCGCGGAGCAUACCCCGGUGGGACACUGCUUUCUGCAGCUCAUGUCUACUCAAAGCACUUUUGUCCAAAUCAAACAAAAACAAAAUGAGACAGAAGAAACAAAAUUCAUUCCUAGGUUCCCUAUAAGGAAAUAG